GACUACCAGUACAUUUCCAGCCUGUCAACAUGUGACAUGAGUCUAUGUUUGUGAUGAGCGGCAAUAAUUUUGUUUUUAAAGAUCACUUAAUUUGCAUGUUUGCGCGAUGAUUUGCAUUAUUCUUGUUGCAGGACAUGGGACAAUCUUAGAGAAUGAAAUUAAGGAAGACUCUUCAGGUAGAUACAGUUCUUUGGAAGGCAUCCCCAAGGCACUUCUUCCUGGAGUUGGUGGAAGAAAGAUCCUUGAUUACUGGUGGGAUGCGAUCAAUACGAGACAACACUUCUCAGAGGUUUACUUGGUGACUAAUGCUGACAAAUACAAGCACUAUGAAAGAUGGGCCACAGCUAGAGAUUUUCCAGUUGACAAUAUCAUCAAUGAUGGUACUACUACAUUCAAUGGAAGAUUAGGAUCCGUAGGUGAUCUUGAUCUGGCAUUAAGAAAUAAACAGAUUCAGGAUGACAUUCUUGUGGUUGCUGGUGAUAUGUUAUUUCAAGAUCACAAGUUUGAUAUCACUCAAGUAAUACACUACUUCAGGAGAAAGAAAGGGGAGUUGGCCAUUUAUUACGACAUGGAACCUUCUGAGAAUAUCACGAGUAGAGGCAUGGUUGAAGUAUGUCCACAAACUAACAGAAUCACAAAGUUCCUUGAGAAGCCCAGCGAGAGUGAGACCCAGUCUCGUCAAGCCAGUGUAGUCUUCUACUGCUUUCAGGAGGAGACCCUAUCCUCCAUCCCAACAUUCCUCCAAGCCAACCCUGAUGUCAGACAAAGGACAUUUGGAAAAUACAUGCAAUGGCUGAUAAAUGAGACUCGCCAUGAGGUUUAUGGCAUGAAGCUGCCUACAGGGUUCCAGCUUAUUGGCCAAGUGGGGCUAGGUGAUUAUGAGAAAUGGCUGCAUUUCUUCUCAGAUAAAGAGACACAGCAGAGAUGUAUGGUACCUUACACAGCCAAAGCUUAUGCAAGAAUUGCCCUACCAAAGAGGAAUUUCAAGUUGAAAUACGACACUAACAUUCCCCGUCAGGUGGGUUUAGCUGGUAGCAGCGCCAUAGUAGCUGCUACACUCAGAUGUUUGAUGCGUUUCUUUGAUCUUAACAACUCGGAUCUUGCUAAGCCCCUUCAGCCUCAGUUCAUCUUAGACGUUGAGAUCGAUGAGCUCUUCAUCAAUGCCGGUCUACAGGACCGUGUUAUUCAGGUCUAUCAAGGAGCAGUCUACAUGGACUUCUCUCGGACCAUCAUGGAACAACAAGGCCAUGGGUUAUAUGAAUACGUAGACCUGGACCUAAUACCUGGCCUGUGGUUGGCCUAUAUCAGGAACCCUAGUGAUUCUGGAAAGAUUCAUAAUAAUGUAAGAGAGAGAUGGACUGCUGGGGAUCUGGAGGUCCAUGGGGCGAUGACGACCUUUGCUGAUCUUACGGAUCAAGCUAGAUCUGCUCUUCAAGAUGGCAACCAUAGCGAACUCCUUGAACUAAUGAAUAAGAACUUUGAUCUACGGAGGUCGAUUUAUGGCGAUGCAGUUGUAGGAGCGGAGAAUCUCAGAAUGAUUCAACUAGCAAGACAGUAUGGAUCAUCAGCUAAGUUCUCUGGUAGUGGAGGAGCCGUUAUUGGUCUUUGUUUAGAUCCUCAUCAGUUGGCUGAGCUGAAGUCCGCAUUCCAAACCGAGGGCUUUGUGAUCUGUGAUGUCAUCCCGAAUCCACCAAUUGCAGACAACAAUGGUUCGACCAGCAGAUGACCUUACCUUACUAAAGAGGUGGAUAGAUCCAUUGAUGCGACUGACCUGCCCAUCCUGAAUAGUUAGUCAUGUUUGCAAUGAAGCAUCACUGCCAACCUCUCUCAUUCCAAGAAGGUUUGCCCAUUCAGGAACACAAUAUCCCAUUGGUUUUUUCUUUUCAUCAUUUUUCAUUCUCAGGUUGACAUCUAUUUUCAUGUAUUGAUUAGAUAAAAAAGUGUAACAUGAUUUGAAGUAUGUACCAAAUAUGGGACAUUUCCAAUUUCCCAUUCAGUGGUGGAAUUUUACAUUGCAAUACCAAUCCACCAAGUGUAAUGAUUAGUAUAGAUAACGUGCGUCCCUCAUACUAUAUAAACCUCAUAACAUGCGUCGUAGUCUAAUUUCAUCUUCUUUGAAGAUUUAUAACAGAUGAUGAUAGCAUGUAAACUUGAGGAGUUGCAGUGGGCAAUAAUAUAAAUAGAAGGUCUAGAAACAGGUAGCCAUAUCAUCAUAGAUAUAGAUCUAAUCAGAAACCAAACUGUGCAAAACAGUGAAAUCUAAUUUGAAAAUCUAGUAUGCUGCGUAGAAAAGCCAGCUUGGAUAAGUGUGAUGUUAUAGCUUGGAAAAAGUCCAGUCUACUAGUGGCACCGUUGCUAUAUUAGGGGGUUUUGGCAAGGCAAGCACAACAGGGCUGGAUCGUCUGGAAAAUCUCAGCCAAAAUAGCUCUCGGUCCAGCCACGAUACCUCGGCAUGGAAUCGGCCAAUCAGUGCUGUUGCUAUCGUAUGCAAAAAAAGUAAACAUGAGUCAUGCACGGCAUGCGUACAACCUACAUGUUAAAGAGAAGUUCCAGUAGUUGCAGUAAACACUGAUUUCAUGAGAAAGUCUGUAAAACCAGGCUUAAUUGGCAGUAUAUCAUCGAGGAUCUAGAUCUGGUACAGUUACAUAAACUGAACUUUGUGAAAUCUUGAAAUCUACGCUGAAAAAUGUUCAGACUGAACUUCCCCAACACAGAUAAGCGCACGUGGGACAGUGUAUAAUUAUUGCUUUGAGCGUCGGGCCCGACGCUCUACCCGAAUCCUGUGCUUAUUUGCUGAUUUCUCAGCAAUUACACAAUUUCUUCCAGAAUCCUUUGGCACAUGCGUUUUAUUUAUACAAACAGACACUUUGGUGGUCAUUUCAUUGGAUUCUGUAUGAACUCAUUUUGAUAUCGUUAUCAAAACUAGCAUUUACCUUUAAGCUAGCUAACCUCUUGUGUUAAUUUUGCAUUGAUUUCAUUCUACAGAUUUAAUUUGUCAAAGUCUUCAACAUUGCAAAUAUACGCAGAUUGAACCGUCUCCUGCACUCAAUCUACCAUGUAGAUUCGCCAUUUUACUUCUAUAGACCUAGAAUAUCUAACCUAUCACUUUGCCUGUCAACACAGACAAGUCCUGUGUACCUGCAGCACUGUUGCUAUAUAGAAUUGCAUAAUGCAGACGAGACUGUCCGAGGCAUUCCACUUGUUUCCAAAAGACAUGCUUGAUUACAAACCAUCCUCGUCUCAUUGCUCCUAUUAUCAACCAGGUGAAAUACCAUGUACUUCCACAAAAGUAAGACUGAAUUCUGGGUGCAAACAGUUACUUUUACCAGCACAUCGGAUAACUUUAUUAACACUGAUAACGCCAUCUUCUGGCAAUUUCAAAAUCUCCUGUAGGGAAGGAUUGAUGUAAAUGUUGGGUUCUUGUACUGAUUGGGCAGCUUCGCUGACUGCUGUAAUGAACUGCCAGUUAACACAACGUAAUAAUUUCCUUCCAAACCAAUCCAAUAGUCGAUAUAUAGCACCUUUUCCUUUUGGUUGCAAAGAGCUGCACACACAAUACUCCAUAUUCGGGUCACUAGAACAAUGCAACACCUGGGAAUGAUCAGCUUAGUCCAUGUAAUUCAUUGUCCUCUUUAAUAGCAAAAUAGAUGGGAUUUGAUGGCUUUCUUGAACUGGUCAUCGGAGGAGUCUGUCUUCAUGCCUUGAAACAAUGUCCAAGGUGAUUGCAUGUUCAAUUACCGUAUUUGCUGGAAUAUAAACCACUUUUAACUCUUGGAAAAAACAAAUUGAGGAAACCAAUGUCCACCAGAAAUGGUGAAAUCUGUGUCAUAUUCUAUAUAUUUGAAGCAAUAUUUUCAUGUUUUCUCUGUGAUACUAAAGCAAUAAAAUAUAAGAAAAAUUAUGAUUUUUUGUUGUUGCAAGUGCCUGACUUCGACAAUUUUGACGCAAUGAUCUUGUCCAUGCAACACACAGCGAUAAUGCCUGUGCGUGGUGCUGAAUGUACGGGCAACUGGCCCCAAGAUCAUCAUACGUGUCUACGGGGAUUCCUCCUGUAUAUCUUAGGUAUUCGUGACGAUAUCAAUUGUAUGAAUUUUGCAUAAAUACUCACAAAACAGACCUAUUACCUGUUGGCGACGAACAGGAAUUGUGUUUCAGUAACUCAACACCAUCACAUGACCAAAUAAUUUGAUAAUGGACUCGGAGAAACAAAUUGAUCGCCGAUACGAAUUGUCACGUUACGUCGGCUUUACAUUUUCUUUUCUGCGCGUUAAGUUAUAUCACUCGCGAGAAAGGAGUGUGGAUGAUCUGGCAUUGCAUCUGAGAUGAAUUAAAAGGAAAAGGACAUGAAACCAGAAUGAACGAGAAUACUUGAAAAAUAAAAGCUUUUUCAUAUUUCAAACAGAGAAAAUGAAAGAAGGAAGUUUAGAAAUAAUGAAAAUGAGAAAGAUGGAAAUGCCAAUUCUAGCAUCAUAUUUUUCCCCUCAUCAUUGCUGGUUGCUUGAGAGAAGAGACUAACAAGAGAAGGGAAAAGAAAUACAAAAUAAAUGUGGAUGAAAUACAAAAUUUUGUUUAAUAACAACGUUUUGAAUCAUUGCCAUGUGUGGAGGAAAGAGACACACAAGAGAAGAAAGGAAUUGAAAUAAAAAAUAAAUGCGCAUGAAAUACAAAAUUUAGUUUUACAAUAUAGAUGUGAUUUGUUGCUGAUUGUUUGAGAGAAGAGAGAAAAAAAAGGAUAUUUAAAAUAUGAAAUUGUGUUGUAUAAUUUUGUUUAAAUUUUUGUUUAAAAUUUUUUGUUAUAAAUUCUGAUAUCGUAAUAUUAUUGAGGGAACCUUGGAAAUU